AUGGCUGGUUCUAAACAAAAACUGUUUAAUAGACUGAAGCCAUUCAUAGGUGUAGUGUUCUUACAGUUUGGAUAUGCUGGUAUGGAUGUUCUAUCCAAAGCUGCACUGAACCAGGGAAUGAGUAACUAUGUAUUUGUCGUGUACCGUCAUGUUUUUGCUCUUGUUGUCACGCUCCCUUUUGCAGUGUUCUUGGAGAAGAAAGUGAGGCCGAAGAUGACAUUUUCAAUCUUCAUGAAGAUAGUGAUUCUCAGCUUGCUAGAGCCAGUUAUUGACCAAAAUUUAUAUUUUUUGGGAAUGAAGUACACCACAGCAACCUUUGCCGUUUCCAUGUACAAUGUCCUCCCUGCCAUUACCUUUCUCAUGGCUUGGAUUCUCAGGCUUGAGAAGGUAAAAUUAAAAAGUGUACGCAGUCAAGCAAAGGUGGUGGGAACUUUAGCUACUGUUGCAGGUGCCAUGAUCAUGACACUAAUAAAGGGCCCAAUACUUGAUCUUUUUGGAACACACGGAAGCAAUACACACAACCUGGAAAAUGGUGGGAUAAAUAUUCAACAUGCAAUUAAGGGAUCGGUGAUGAUCACAAUUGGCUGCUUUAGUUGCGCUUGUUUCAUGAUUCUCCAAGCUAUUACCAUUGAAGCGUACCCUGCUGAGCUCUCUCUUACAGCAUGGAUAUGCCUAUUGGGUUCGGUUGAAGGUGGCAUAGUGGCACUGGUUAUGGAAAGGAAUAAUUUUUCAGCCUGGUCUCUGAAAUGGGAUACAAAAUUGCUAGCUGCUGUCUACAGUGGCAUAGUGUGCUCAGGAAUGGCUUAUUACAUCCAAGGAGCGGUGAUGAAAGAUAGAGGCCCUGUCUUUGUAACAACUUUUAACCCUCUUGGCAUGGUCAUUGUAGCUAUCAUGGGUUCCUUCUUUCUGGCAGAACAAAUGUACCUCGGAAGGGCAAUUGGAGCUGUUGUAAUUAUUUUAGGGCUGUAUCUUGUGGUGUGGGGUAAAAGCAACGAGUACGAGUCAUCAAGCACUAUUACUGAAGAUCAUAUAUUACCAGCCAAGCAAACAAUAGAAAAAAGCAGCGAAAAAGACAGAGAGGAACAUUCUAAUUUUGAAGUCAUCACUCUCAGUAAGUUAGGCGCAGCAAGCAUAGCACAAGAUGAACAAGUAUGA